AUGGCGCCCAGUUUCUUUAGCGGGCCAGGUAGUUCCAGCCAUGCGAAAUACUUCGAUAUCAGUCCUUUGCCUCUCAGAACCAUUGACUAUCAAACAUCUCAGGCUGCACUUGACAGGCAUGUCAAGGAUAAGAAGCACGGCAAGGAACGAACAUUUUUCGAGAAGACAUGGAAAUUUAUAGACGCCGGCAAGGGGAAAACGGAGAUUAUGCCUGCAGACAACUACGAGUUUCCCUUCGACAUUGUCCUGCCAGGCUCACUACCAGAGAGCAUCGAAGGCCUACCAGACACAUGGAUAAUCUAUCGUUUCAAGGCUGAGAUCGGACGCAAGUACGCCAAAGAUAUUCAGGUCAGAAAGCCUUUACGGAUUAUACGGACACUAGCUCCCAGUGCUCUGGAACUAUCCCAUGUCAUGUCUGUUGAAAACAUCUGGCCAAACAAGCUGGAAUAUUCCAUUUCCACACCCAGCAAGGCAGUCGUCUUCGGGACGUCGGUCCGCAUCGAUUUUCGCCUCGUUCCACUGCUAAAGGGCCUCAAGAUCGGCUUGAUUACCACCCAGUUCAUCGAGAGCUAUGAUGUGAUGAGCUGUCGUGACGACUCACAACUGCAACCGACCUCACACAAGUCCAUUAGAGUAGUGGUAGCAGACCACUUUCGUCUUGGGCCUGAAGAAGAGCGCAGAUUUGUCGAGGAGGAAGAAGAGGGCUACCAGUUUUCGCGGGUUCUUGAUCUGCCCAAGAAGCUCAGCAAAUGUAUCCAGGAUACGGAUACUAAGGGCAUCAAGAUACGACACAAACUGAAAUUUAAGAUCCAACUACACAACCCCGACGGACAUACAUCAGAGUUACGGGCUACGCUACCAGCGUUCAUCUUCCUAUCACCCAACCUACCUUUAGAUGAUAACAAUAAUCUCGUUAAUCAAUCGCCGACGUCACCGCAGGUAGCUGAAUUUUGCAUGGCCCAACAGGCACCACCGUUAUAUGGAGAGCACCAGUUCGAUAUGCUAUACAGUGAACUCGACCCUCACGGCUACCGAACCCCGGGAAUAUACAGCGGAGUCGCAACCCCGCUAUACGGAUCGAUCAGCCGAAACUUAUCAGCCGAGAAUCUGUCUGCUCUGGCAACCCUGGGCACAGGGGGGGAUGUCGCAGCCAGUAUACUACACAAUCGUCUGGUCAAUCUACACAUUGACAGCUCCUCCCUGCGCUCGCCGGGAACACCACCACCUGAGCUCCUAUCACCAGACGCUCAUGAUAACCGCCGCUCAAUGACAUUCCCGGUAACAACUUUUACAGCGGCCACAACACCGGAUAUGUCUCGACGCACUUCCGAGGAUGAGCAUCCCCCAUCUGGCCUCGUAUCACCACAUUUCCUUCGAGCCAACGAUGUCGAAGAUCUCUCCCGUGUACCUAGCUAUUCAACCGCUGUACGGUCUUGUGCCAUGUCCGCCAACAACAACGGCCUUCCAAACUACGAAACGGCCACGGCAGGAGACGUUUCGCCGGUUAGUGAGCGGCCACCUUCACCUCCAAGACACACAGCCCGUGCACUUAACCGGCUGUCCUCCACCUUUGUUGAUGCUCUCCCCCAGUUUUCAAUUCACCGACACAGUACCGGCCACGAUCACGACUCCGAGCGACGAGUGCGCAUUCUUCAGGCUAGAUCAACAUAG